AGAGGGGCGGAGUUAACCAACUCAGUUACUAGCCAGUGUGGACGACGCUUCGAUAUGUGUUGAAACGGAAGAGUUGACCCUUAUUUGGGGGUUAAAGUCAAAGUUUUAUUGGUUUUUUUUAAACAGCAUUUGCUAGUGUUGACAGCUCUGUCUUGGUGCGCCGUGAAAAUGAUGCGCUUCCUGCUGCUUUUCAGUCGCCAGGGAAAGCUGCGUCUGCAGAAGUGGUUCACACCCAUUUCAGAGCGGGAGAAGAAGAAGAUCAUUAGGGACAUGACCAACAUGGUGUUGGCACGGCAACCCCGCUCCUCUAACUUCCUGGACUGGAAAGACCUUAAGAUUAUUUACAAGAGAUAUGCAAGCCUGUAUUUCUGCUUGGCCAUUGAGAGCCAGGAGAAUGAGCUGCUCGCCCUGGAGGUGAUUCAUCGCUAUGUGGAGCUGCUGGACAAAUACUUUGGCAAUGUGUGUGAGCUGGACAUAAUCUUUAACUUUGAGAAGGCCUAUUUUAUCCUGGAUGAGUUUCUAAUGGGGGGGGAGAUACAAGAAACCUCCAAACAGAUUGUGAAUCGCUGUAUUGAAUCCUCAGACAUGUUACAGGAGGAUGACAACAGUGAGUGGUAUGAGGUGGAGCUGUUUGGAUGACCUUGAAUAUGGACAGAAAGACUAUGGAGGAGUAUAUGAGCAAACCUGCAUUUUAACCCAUGGAGAAGGGACAUAAACGGGACAAAUACGGGGACCAAAAUGUACUGUACUGUACUGCUCGAGUCAAAGAGAUGGGAUUGACUUUGAUUCUACUGAAUAUUUUUUUAAAAGAUUAAAACACUGUAUUGAAUGUCUGCUCAUCUUCUGCCUUAAAUAUUGUUGCAACUUAAACUUUAUCUGGGAGUGAGUAUUUUGUUUGUUUGUACUCGGUCAUUCAAGUGAAGGAGCUGUUGAAUUGUUUUUUAUAGGAGCUGUCAUUAUUUAAAAAAAAAAUUAAUGAAGUAGUGAUACAGGGUUGGGGAAAAGGAAAUUGAUUUUAGAUUGACAGAUUUGUUACUCUUUCUUAUACUUAGAUCACACGUUAAUAUGUUGGACAUAGAUGAAAACACGAUGUGGUUUGUAAAAAUUGUGCACCUCCACUGCUGUUUACACUUUAUAUUUAAUAAUGAUUUCAUCUAAAAAAAGAAAAGAAAAGAAAAAAAGUACCGGUUUCUGUGGAGUACCAAAUUGUGAAAGUGAUCAAUUUAGAUUUCCACAUUGUUUAAUCCGUUUAAAACGUUUUGCUAAUGUGUGCGAUCUUUCAUCUUGAGUGUGUGUGUGUGUGUGAAUAUCACUCUUUUAUAUAAUAUGAAAUGUAUGAUGUUGUAGUUUAUGAUUAAAUGUGUUUUGAUAAACA